CUCAAGCGCGCGGCGAAAGGAGGGGGCAACUUCCGGGCCCUGGCGGGGCUUUUGUGUUGGGCAGCGAGACCCUGGCGAGCUCGGUGUGUCUCCGCCGCUCCUUCCCCUUAUCCCUGGGAGGUCCAAGUGGUUCCGCGGCAGCCUCUGUGGCUCUGGGACCUGCAGGUCCUGGAAGGUCCUUAGGGAAGACCCGAGACACCGGAGAGUGGGAAAUGGAUUCAGUGUCAUUUGAAGAUGUGGCUGUGGCCUUUACCCAGGAGGAGUGGGCUUUGCUGGAUCCUUCUCAGAAGAAUCUCUACAGAGAUGUGAUGCAAGAAAUCUUUAGGAACCUGGCUUCCGUAGGAAACAAAUCAGAAGACCAGAAUAUCCAAGAUGACUUCAAAAAUCCUGGGGGAAAUCUAAGCAGUCAUGUGGUAGAGAGAUUGUUUGAAAUUAAAGAAGGCAGUCAAUAUGGAGAAACCUUCAGCCAGGAUUCAAAUUUGAAUCUGAAUAAGAAAGUUUCUACUGGAGUAAAACCGUGUGAAUGCAGUGUGUGUGGAAAAGUCUUCAUAUGUCAUUCAGCCCUUCAUAGGCACAUCCUGUCUCACACUGGAAACAAACUAUUUGAGUGUGAGGAAUGUCCAGAGAAGUUAUAUCAAUGCAAACAAUGUGGGAAAGCCUUUAUCUCUGUCACCAGUGUUGACAGACACAUGGUAACACACACUAGUAAUGGGCCUUAUAAGGGUCCAGUGUAUGAGAAGCCUUUUGAUUUUCCUAGUGUAUGUCAAAUGCCUCAGAGCACUCACACUGGAGAGAAAACAUAUAAAUGUAAACAUUGUGAUAAAGCCUUCAAUUAUUCAAGUUAUCUUCGUGAACAUGAAAGAACUCAUACUGGAGAGAAACCCUAUGCAUGUAAGAAAUGUGGUAAAUCAUUCACUUUUUCCAGUUCUCUUCGCCAACAUGAAAGAUCUCACACUGGAGAGAAACCCUAUGAAUGUAAAGAAUGUGGCAAAGCCUUCAGUCGUUCCACUUACUUGGGAAUACAUGAAAGAACGCAUACUGGAGAAAAACCCUAUGAAUGUAUAAAAUGUGGCAAAGCCUUUAGAUGUUCCAGAGUCCUCAGAGUCCAUGAAAGGACUCACAGUGGAGAAAAGCCCUAUGAAUGUAAACAGUGUGGUAAAGCCUUCAAAUAUUCUAGUAACCUAUGCGAGCAUGAAAGAACUCACACUGGAGUGAAACCUUAUGGAUGUAAGGAAUGUGGUAAGUCGUUUACUUCUUCCAGUGCCCUUCGAAGCCAUGAAAGGACUCAUACCGGAGAAAAACCCUAUGAAUGUAAGAAAUGUGGUAAAGCCUUCAGUUGUUCCAGUUCCCUUCGAAAGCAUAAAAGAGCUUAUAUGUGGUAAAAAAACAACAACAACAAUAAAACACCUCUGUGAAUGUAA